UUUAUAAAGCUGUGUGAGUUGUUCCUGUCUAGAAAUGACUGUGCUGAAAGCUAUCUGCAGCAUGUAGAACAGGACAGGUGUGCCAAAACAUACUGGAGGGUUAAGGAGGUGCAAGGAGGAGACUCCUUGUACUCUAACGUCUCUGCUGCUUUAGCUGCCCCUCUGCUUCACCUCAAAGCAACAUCCCUCCAUCCACUUCUCCUCCACUUAAACUUGACCCUUCUCUGAGCAGAUCGUCACUUCUGUGUGAUGGGGAAGAAAAAACUGUUUGCUCUGUUUAAGGAUUUUCUGGAUUGUAUUAGUCUCUGCCUGUCUCGGAGCAGCGCUGAGGCUGCAGGCAACAAAAAGCGGGACACUGAAAACGGUCACCUGAUCUACAAAAGCGGGGACAUCCUGGAGGACAGAUUCUUUCUUACAGAUGAGAUAGUCGACACUUUAGGUGAGGGGACCUUUGGGAAAGUGGUGCAGUGUUUCGACCACAGCAGAGGUGGAGGACGAGUAGCUCUGAAGAUCAUUAAAAACCAGGAGAAAUACAGAGAAGCAGCCAAACUGGAAAUCUAUGUGCUGGAGAAGAUCAGUGAGAGAGAUCCGCACCUCAAACAUAACUGUGUGCAGAUGCUCGACUGGUUUAACUACUACGGACAUGUGUGCAUCUCUUUUGAGCUGCUGUCUCUCAGCACCUUCGACUUCUUGAAAUCAAACAACUUCCUGCCUUAUCCAAUUAACCAGAUCCGACACAUGGCGAGGCAGAUCUGCCACGCUGUCAGCUUUCUCCAUGACAACAAGCUGACUCACACCGACCUGAAGCCUGAGAACAUCCUCUUUGUCAACUCCAACUACUCCCUCAUAUACAACGCUGAGAAGAAGUGCAAUGAAAAGAGAGUAAACGACACCACAGUGAGGCUGGUUGACUUUGGCAGCGCCACCUUUGACCACGAACACCACUCUGUCAUCAUCUCUACGCGUCACUACCGAGCCCCAGAGGUCAUACUGGAAUUAGGUUGGAGUCAGCCCUGUGAUGUGUGGAGUAUCGGCUGCAUCCUGUUUGAAUACUACGAAGGCUUCACUCUGUUCCAGACUCACGACAAUAAGGAACAUCUUGCCAUGAUGGAGAAAAUACAGGGACCCAUUCCUCAAAGAAUGAUUCAAAGAAGCAGAAAGCAGAAAUAUUUCCAUCACGGUCGUCUAGCCUGGAAUGAGUCUUCCAAGGCUGGACGCUUUGUUAAAUCCAAAUGUAAACCGCUUAAGAAGUACUUGUUAUCACAUGGGACAGAGCACCACCUGUUUUUUGAUCUGUUGGAGCGGAUGUUGGAGUACGAGCCCUCAAAGCGUAUCACUCUUUCCUCUGCUCUGCGCCACCCCUUCUUCCUGCCCCUCCAACAGCCUGGAAGGACUCAUGUCUGGAGGAAGAGCUGCGAUCUGAGCAGAUAACCCCAAAUAUCUAUUUAAGCUUAUUUGGACCAUACUACAGUGUUUUCAAGUUUUAGCAUCAUCACAACAAAUUGCAUGUAUUUUCUAUUCAAAUAAGGAGUGGCCUCUUUAAAGCAGGCCUGAUUUAUUUGAUAUGUAUAAAUGAAGACAAACAGAGAAAUCUUGAAAUUCAAACAAGGUAAAGGUGGAUUACAUUAAUCAAACAAUGAAAGAUUGUUAACAGCAGCAGAGGAAAAGAACAGGUUUUGAAGUCUGACAGUGAUAAUAUACUUGGAAAAAGUCUGAACGUCUGCAGUGAGCCGACUGAAAGUAAGAAGGGAAGAAAUUUGACCAUAUUAAAGCAUUUUAAAUGUAAAUGUUAAGCAAACAUUUUAUCUAAAAGAACUUAGAAAAUGUCUUUUCUGUUCAUGUUUUCAUACAUUUUUCUAUUUCUUUUCUACUGUCCCAGCUUUUAUUUGCUUAUCAUUUAUGUCUUAGUAUCCUGAAAAUACAAAAUUCAGGAUGUUUUCUCUUAACAUACAGUCUUAAAAUCCCUGCUUGUUAAACUAAUACUCACAGAACGGCAACAUACUACUAAGCCAUCUGAAAUCCAGCCAUGUUUUAGUCCAGAAAAAAAUCUCCUAGAACCUAGAACCAUAACUCGUAUGGAAAUGAGCUGAACUGUAAACAGUGUACCCAUAAAAAAGCAAAUGUUGUCUUAAUACAUGAGUAGAAGGAAAUAAGUUAAAUAUGGUAAAACCACAGGUUUGGAUCUGUUUAGACACCCCACCUCCCAGUAGAUAGAUGGUGGUCCUGAUGGAAAAUAUGUUUAAAAAAAUUAGUAAAGCAGAUUUUUAAUGUAUCUCUAAAAUUUAGAGGAUAUGUUCUAGAAAUACUAAAGUUUCAAGAGUAUCUCUAAGAUAUACGUGUGCUACAGUCACCUUAUAAUAGUUAUUGUAGUAAUAGUAAUUUGUCGUUUUUUUUCAAUAGAUUUUG